AUGACAGACAACAACGGAGUUUUUCAGUACGGCCCCUUUUUGCCGGUCCAAGAGGGGCGAUUGCAGAGAGACAAUGAGGAGGAAUUUAUCGCCCCCUUACCUCCACCCCCGCCUCCGUUGCUGUAUCCUCGGGGUGUAUGUACUGCCGCAUGGGAUAAGGCGCGAUUGCAACUCGGUUUGCUGCUCUCUCGUGCUGCAGCAGAUGUAGGGGCGGCGCCGUCAACGGCUGCUGCCGCAGUGGUAGCCUUUCAGUCGAGCUUCCCCUCCUUCUUCCACAUCGAUCCUUCUGCGAUUUCAUCGUGCUUGGCAGCUUCGCUUUUUCUUUCGGGCAAAGCUGCUGACGAGGAAUUCAACCUCAGACGGGUGGUUGCCUCCUUGGGGUUUUGCAGCCACCAUGCAGCGGCAGCAGCGGAGGAAAAACGCCAGCAGCAGCUGUUGCAACAGCAGCAGAAGCUGCAGCAACAGCAGCAGUCGCCUCCGCAGGCAUGCACCGCAGAAUACGUUGCGCUGGGCAUCAAGGAGUACUGGCGGCAAAGGCAAAGCUGCUUCUUAGAGGAGCAGCGCCUCAUGCAGGCACUUGCCUUCUCGUUCCCCAACCCUACGUUGUGGGAGCACCUGCCUCUAAUGCUGAUGCUGCUCCGUUCAAAUGCAGCGGAAGCUGCAGUAGCUACAGCUCUCAUUGCAGAUGCCGCUGCGGGGGCACUGGCGGCAGAGGGCCAGGAACACGUUGUUGUAGCCGCUGCGUGCCUCUUGGCGAGAAAGCUGAUACGCCGAUUCAAGGAUCGAAUUCGGCAGCAGCAGCAGCAGCAGCAGAAUAAUCAGUAUCAGCGGUUGAAUUCGCCUUCAUCGGGUGCUGUCACGGCGGCGUCUCUCACACCCGAACACAAGGGCGCAGCUGUAGAGACGGUGCAGCUGCUAGAAGACGAGAUUUGCAUGAGUGUCGGUACCACACCUCCUGCAGAAGGAGAAACUUACUCGGUGCUGCUUGGGAUUCUGCCGCUUUUGCAAGGUAUUCGCAACAGCAGCGACCAGUGUCAUAGCACCAACAGGGGGCCUCUUUGCCAGCAGCUGUCAGCAGCGGCAAAGAAGAUGCUGCUGCAAUACGCACUCCUCCUGGACGAAACCAAAGGGCACCAGGUGUACAGACACCUCGCGGGGGGUGCGGAACCGGCGGACUGA